AUGGGAUUUUUAGGGGUCUACACUGCGGUGUAUGAUUAUACGCCGCAGGCAGAAAAUGAGCUGGAAAUCAAGGAAGGGGAUUUGUUAUAUGUGAUGGACAAGAGCGUCGAGGACGAUUGGUGGAAGGCGAAGAAAAAGGCCGCUGAGGAUGAUGAGGAAGAACCUGUUGGAUUGGUGCCGAAUAAUUAUGUUGAGGAGGCGCAACCGAUCAGCAAAGCAAAGGCACUCUAUGAUUAUACCCGCCAAACCGAUGAAGAGGUGUCUUUUGCGGAACAAGUUGAACUCGUUGUCUACGACACAUCGGAUCCAGAUUGGACCUUAGUAGGCGUUAACAAUGAUUUCGGCUUUGCACCCGCCAACUACAUUGAGAUAACAGAGGAAUUUCUGGCCAAAGAAGCUGCCUCUGCACCCCCCCAUUCAUUGCCUACAAAAUCAGUUGAGACAGAGUCCGAGGGAGCAUUAACCCCAGCAUCUCAUUCCAGUGCGGAUGCAAGUCCUGCGGCUGCGUUAGCUGGUAUCCUCCACAAAAGCCAGCCAUCGAUAUCGGAACAGUCUCGGCCGGUUCCCUCUCCUCAGGCUCCUCAACCAGCCCGCCAACCAACAUUCACACCGGAGGAAUCUGACGGAGAAGAUGCAGCACCCCCACCGGCUCUUCCGCGACGUCCUCCAUCUCAGCAGAAUACUCCAUCUUCCCAGUUACCUUCUCCGCGCGAUCCCUCUCCACCGCGCCCAAAACAUGCCCCUCUCAGGGACGAGGAAUCCUACGGCGUCCAGCCAUCUCCACCUUACAGAUCCGGGGAGUUCAAUCCUGACCAGCGGUCUGCGAUUUCGCCAUCUGGAUACCAUCUUUAUAACAUUAGCGAAAUGGUUUCUGUAAUGGGAAAAAGGAAAAAAAUGCCGACAACUCUCGGAAUAAAUAUCAACACCGGAACGAUUUUUAUUUCGCCGGAGAAGUCGAUUGAUGGACCACACCAGGAAUGGACAGCGGAUAAACUCACACACUACUCAAUCGAAGGGAAGCACGUAUUCAUGGAUCUUAUUCGACCCAGCAAAAGUGUCGAUUUUCAUGCCGGCGCAAAAGAUACCGCAAACGAAAUUGUUUCUGCACUAGGCGAGAUUGCUGGCGGAUAUAGAGCUGAAGGACUUAGAGAAGUAAUUGCUGCUGGUACCGGAGGUGCUCGGAAAAAGGGCCAGGUGUUAUAUGAUUUUAUGGCUCAGGGCGACGAUGAAGUCACUGUUGCCGUGGGUGACGAAGUUAUUAUACUAGAUGACAGCAAGUCAGACGAGUGGUGGAUGGUUAGGCGCCUGAAGACCGGCAGGGAAGGGGUCGUUCCUAGCAGCUAUGUGGAGCUUACAGGCGUAGUGACCACAGACGAACCUAGCAGAAAGGGCACGAACGCAGGACUUUCCACUGUUGAACAGAACCGACUUGAGGAAUCGCGUCUGACAAAAGAGACGGCGCGGAAAUCAAAGAGCCAUGAUUCUAGUAACUCGCGUGGCGGAGAGGUAGGCCCAGGCAUACAGCUUCCUGAGAGAGGUAGUAGUUUGUUUCCCAGAGAAAGUAGUAACCAUCGUUCACAGCGUCAGAAGCGCGAUAGCCGGUCGAAACCAAAACCAGACCCUUUGAAAACACGAAAGUGGACCGAUAGAACUGGAACCUUCACUGUUGUAGCUGAGUUUAUCGGGCUUGCCGAGGGUAAAAUCCAUCUUCAUAAGCAGAAUGGUGUGAAAAUCGCCGUUCCUGUAUCGAAAAUGUCUGUGGAUGACCUUGAAUAUGUUGAGCAAGUCACUGGCCAAUCUCUCGACGAAGACAAGCCACUUUCCGACAUCCGACGUCGAAGUCGCCUUAACGACGCCGGGAAAGUUGGUGCGAGUGUGAAAUCUUCCGAUUAUGACUGGUUUGACUUUUUCCUGAAGGCCGGCGUCGGGCCUCACCAGUGCGAACGGUACUCCCAUAACUUUAACAAGGAUUCCAUGGACGAGAGUGUUUUACCAGAUAUCACCACAGAGACACUACGCACAUUAGGCUUGAAGGAGGGAGAUAUUCUGCGAGUAAUGAAAUACCUUGAUAACCUGUUUAACCGUACUGCGAAGUCAAAAAUGGUAAGCUUCGGUGGAGAAGAAGUGAUCGGAAAUGGCGAAGAAGGAGCUGGCGGGCUCUUCUCUGGUCCUGGAGGAGCCCUCAGGAACAAUACCCGCAAGGGCCGCCCGGCCCCUGCUGUCCAGACUAGCGACGUAGUGGAUCCCAAGGCAUUUGAAGGAAAAAGUGGCUCUAAGCCUAGCUCACCAACAGGUGCCCCUGAGCCUGCUGGCCCUACGAAAGGUACAAUUACGCAAGGAUUCGAGGACAGCGCUUGGGAAGUUAGACAUCCUAAACAAGCUGAUGUCUCGACUGCUCCACCAUCUGCUCCAUCAUCUGCUCCAGCUCCUACAGCUACAACACAGGCAGCACCCGCGACGCAAUCACCACCGGGACCUCCUGUAGGAGCAAUGGCAGACCUGUCCCUACUCUCGACCCCUCUGCAACCAACUAAGGUUCAGCACUCAUCUUUACUUCAAACCACGCCAGCUCCUAUAUCGCAGGCCCCACCCCAAAUUCAACAACCACAGCAAACAGGAGCAAACCCAACUUUCUUUGCCCAGCUAGGCCCCCAGCAACAGCAACAACCUCAAACAACUCUCCAGCCCCAGGUAACCGGAUAUGUUUCACAGCAACAACCAAUGCCGCCAAGACAGCGUCCACAACCACCGGCAAAGACCAACCAAGGAUCAUCUCUUCUUCCGCCUCCCCCAGAUCGGCCCCUAUCAGCACCCCAACACCUCCAUCAAAACAGCUUUGGGCCUCCUCCUCUCCAGCCACAGCUCACUGGCAUUCCAGCUUCCACACCUAACAUUGCUCCGCCUGGCCGAAGCCUUGCAGAGCUUAAUCAGCAGCGGUUUCAGACCCAAUUCAACCAACAACCACAACCACAACAAAUUGGCAUGGGCUCAUUCGGAAGCCAAAUAUCGCCACAGCAACAACCGCAAUAUGCAUUUCAGUCUCCUCAGCCAUUCUUGAACGGGCCGCAGCAAAAUAUAGGCCAACAAGGAUUCCAACAACCACUCAUGCCACAACAAACUGGAUUUCCCAGUUUCCCAAUGCAACAACAGCAGUCUAUUCAACCCGUGCAGCCUAUGGAGCCUAUGCAAACAGGUAUUAAUUCUGUUCUUUCCCCGCCGAUGCAGCCGCAACGUACUGGUAUGAAUGGCUUUGGUGGAAAUGCAAGUUUUAACCCCUCCCCGCCCCCGAUUCCACCUAUUCCGCAUCAGCCUACUGUUGCUCCGCUGCAACCGCAGAAGACAGGGCCUGCGCCCCCCGUUCGUUUUGGUGUGCACAAAGAUGCGAAAAAGCUUACGCCCCAGCAGACCGGGCUUAAAGCAAAUCUCUCACAGGCCAGUAAGUUGAUCCCCCUUAAGAUUUGUUCUACCCUAGUUACGUUUAUCUUUCUUCUUCCAUGA